UUCUGUGUUACUUAUAUAGGUACAUUUUAGGGUUGUUUGUUUUUAUUACAUGCUGCUUUUACUUGCUUAUAAAGAAAAUGACAAACGCUGUGAUGGAACUGCUCACUGAUCCAAAGCCUACAAAAAUUUGUGCUCCAAUGGUCCGAUACUCGAAACAUGCAUUUCGUUUACUUGUGCGAAAGUAUGACUGCGAUAUCGCUUAUACCCCAAUGAUUGUUGCGAAAUCUUUUUUAGAGUCCGAUUCUUGCCGGCAAAAUGAGUUUAUCACUUCAAAAGAUGACACGCCACUUAUAGUGCAGUUUGCAGCGAAAAAUGCAAAGGAAUUUUCUGAAGCUAGCGAGCUUAUUUACCCUUUUGCAAGUGGGGUAGGACUUAACUGUGGCUGUCCACAGAGAUGGGCAAUGGCAGAAGGCUAUGGAGCAAAGUUACUUCAAAAACCAGAAGAAAUUGUGGAUUUUAUAAGAUUUACAAAAGCUCUUGUGUCUGAUGAAAAGUUUACUAUUUCGGUUAAGAUACGUUUGCAUGAAGAAUUGGCGCGAACUGUAGAAAUGUGUAGAGGAUUGGAAAAAGCUGGGGCAUCUUUUGUUUCUGUGCAUGGCAGAACUUCAAAAGAACGUCACCAGCCUGUUCAUUAUGAUGCGAUAAAGAUUCUAAAAGAAUCUGUUUCAAUACCAAUCGUUGCAAAUGGUGGCGUAAAUACUUACAAAGAUUUUGAUAAAGUUCAUAAAAUGACCGGCGCUAAUGGAGUAAUGGUAGCACAAGGUUUAUUAAAUAAUCCAGCGCUCUUUCAAGGUUAUAAAACAACCCCUUUGUCUUGUGUGAAAGACUGGCUCGAUAUAAGUUUAAGCUACGGAACACCUUUUACACCGUUUCAUAACCAUCUUAUAUACAUGCUUGAUAAUGUUACCAGUCGUGCAGAAAAACGAAUUUUUAACAACUUGCAAAGUACCCCGGCAGUUUUGGAGUUUUUAAAUAAAUAUUUUGUUGAUUCUUAGA